CCGUACGACCCGAGCCUUGUGUUUGACAUUCCCGAUCAGGUCGACACCAUUAACACUCUGCCCGGCGGUGUCAUCAACACUAAGGCCUCCAUCAUUGAGACCUCCGAUGACUAUAAGAAGUCCAAAGCAUUUGAUUUAGGUUUGGACGCGAAUACAGUCGCUUACGGCGCCUACGCUAUCAGUGGCGGGUAUAAGAAGGCUCAGGAAGAACUGGUCAACUCUACCAAAUCAAUUGUCGAGGUGUCGGCAUUUGUGUCGGCAAUUCGCGUCGAUAUGAGUCCAUACUAUGAGAUAACGCCAAACAAAGAGUUCACAGACUUUGUUGAAAACAUAUUACCGGAAACCUAUGCCGCAAAUCCGGCCAAAUAUCAAGAGUUUGUCGACACGUUUGGCACCCAUUACUUCGACAGCGCUUUCUUUGGCGGAUACGUCCAACAGUCGAUUGAAUUGACGUCUAAUCUGAACCUAAAAAUGUCGGAAAAAGACAUCAAAGUGAACGCCGAGGCGUCGUUUCUGACGGUCGUCAAGAUUAAGGGCGGUUACGACGGAGAGGACAAG